UUUGUGAAAGAAUUCAACUCCUCAAAAAUGCCGAGUCAAGAGGUCGUUACAACAAAAGUAGUGGUUCAUCCACUAGUUUUAUUAAGUGUAGUGGACCAUUUUAAUCGUAUGGGAAAAAUUGGGAAUCAAAAACGAGUGGUCGGUGUUCUUUUGGGUUGUUGGAGAGCAAAGGGUGUCUUGGACGUAUCCAACAGUUUUGCAGUACCCUUUGACGAGGAUGACAAGGAUAAAUCGGUGUGGUUCCUCGACCAUGAUUACCUAGAAAACAUGUAUAGCAUGUUCAAGAAAGUGAACGCUCGUGAAAAAGUCGUUGGUUGGUACCACACAGGACCAAAAUUGCAUCAAAAUGAUGUAGCUAUCAAUGAAUUGAUCCGAAGGUAUUGUCCAAACUCCGUAUUAGUAAUCAUCGAUGCAAAACCCAAGGACCUAGGCCUUCCGACCGAAGCCUAUCAAGCUGUAGAAGAGGUGCACGAUGAUGGCUCGCCAACUUCUAAAACCUUUGAACACAUCCCAAGUGAAAUUGGAGCUGAGGAGGCAGAGGAAGUUGGAGUCGAACACUUACUCAGAGACAUCAAAGAUACCACUGUCGGCACGCUGAGCCAAAGGAUCACAAACCAGUUGUUAGGAUUGAAAGGACUUCAUGCCCAAAUCAGGGAAAUUAGAGAUUAUCUUAUUCAAGUCGGAAAUGGGAAACUACCGAUAAACCACCAAAUAGUUUACCAACUUCAAGACAUCUUCAAUCUGUUACCGGAUAUGUCACAAAACACGUUUGUUGAUUCGCUCUAUGUUAAAACGAACGACCAAAUGCUGGUCGUUUACUUAGCUGCCCUUGUAAGGUCUAUCGUCGCGCUGCAUAAUUUGAUUAAUAACAAAUUAACGAACCGUGAUGCUGAGAAAAAGGAGACUGACAAGAAAGAAACAAAAAAAGAUGAGAAGAAAGAGGAGGAGAAAAAAGAUGAAAAGGAAAAAUCCAAAGUUAAAUGAUUCACAAGUAAUAAACGGUUUUAAAAACCCAUCGAUUGAUUGAUUGAUUCACUAAUGUAAUGAGCGAUUCAUAUUUCUCAAAUAUCUCUCCGAGUUCGAUCUAAACGGAACUAAUCCACGAACUAGCAAAACUCAUACUAUUAUUUAAUCUAAUUUUUUAAAUCCAUUCAUAUGGUGUUCAUCAUUCUGUUCAGAUUCGAAGAGAUUCAGUGCCUGAUAUUCCUCAUGCACCUUGCAUCCGUUAAAAUCUAAAAAACCAAAAAUCGUAUCAAUCAAUUCUGAAUGUCUAUACGGAUAGUAUCACCUGGUAUUAUUGUUACUAUCGAUUAUAUCUCAAUCACGAGGCUCGGAGGUGAUGACUUGAAAACAGUGCUUGAAGAAGUCGAACUUCGCUAGUGUCGACGGACGCUAAAAAUCAGUAAAUGUGGGGUGAUGCAUGCGUAUGGAUAUUGAUGGAAAUAAGUGCAAGGAUAUUCAGCUACUGUCAAAUUCAACUAGAGACAAUAUCGGGUUAUUAUACUAAUACUAUUUUGUUACUUUUGGUUUGAAUUAAACAUGACUUCUCAUGGUA